AUGAAGGAUGACAUUGCUGUUCUCGACAUUGCUCUGCUGUUUAUCGCUCAGACCCUCAACUGCUUAAACUAUCUUUCUGAUGUGGAACCCAAUGUGUUUCUUAGACCUUUUCUGGAGGUGGUCCGCUCAGAGGACACAACUGGACCAAUCACAGGCCUUGCUCUCACAUCGGUCAACAAGUUUUUGUCAUAUGGCCUGAUAGAUGCCAAUCAUGAAGGGGCAGCGGAGGGCAUCGAGAAUAUGGCAGACGCAGUCACACAUGCGAGAUUCGUGGGCACCGACCCCGCUAGUGAUGAGGUGGUGCUGAUGAAAAUCCUCCAGGUUUUAAGGACUUUGCUGCUGACUCCAGUUGGAGCCCAUCUGACCAAUGAGUCUGUUUGUGAGAUCAUGCAGUCCUGUUUCCGAAUAUGCUUUGAAAUGAGAUUAAGUGAGCUGCUGAGAAAGUCAGCUGAGCACACGCUGGUGGACAUGGUGCAGCUGCUCUUCUCCAGGUAACUAGAAAGAGAAUGGAAGAGGGGAUGUAGAGAUGGGGAUUAGGAACAGAGACAUGUUCUUGCUGUUCACAUAAUCAAACCGAACCUGAGACCAAACACAACAGGAAC